CUUUCUCCGGAAAGAAGAUGGCGAAACUAUAUGCAGGGAGUAUUGUAGGUGUUACAACCUGUGAAUUAAAUGAUAGUAUGUCUCCUAAGUUCGAUAUUGUGAAGACUAUUGAAGAAGACGAAGAUGUUCCAGAUUUUUCAGAAAAUUCUGAUGAAGAAGAGGAGUUUCAACCUAGCAAACAGAAAAGAAAGAAGAAUGUGGAUUUUGAUGUUGGCUUUGAGUUUGUAGGCAGUGUUUCAGAGUACAAUACUGAUACAUGGGAUGACCUAGCUAAAUAUGUGAAGCGAAAAGUAAAGACUAAAGUGGAUGAAAAAAUUCAGAAUGCCAGAAUGGAUUUGAAAAAUAAGAAGCAAGAUGACAUAGAGACCUGUAAUGAUGAAUCCCUGCCAGUGAUUAUUUCUGAUUCAGGAGAAUCAGAUGAGGAAAUAUCACUUUCAGAAGAUGAGCUCAAGAAAGAUAAUAUUAAGGUAAAGGAGAAGAUGAUAUCAAAGAGAAAUAAGAAGAAGAAAAAAGUCGGUGAUACUGAAGAGCAAGAAUCAGAGUUUUUUGAAGAUGCACCUCCAUUUGAUGAAAAUGCUUCAUUCUAUCAGAUGAACCUGUCUAGACCUCUGUUAAAGGCAAUUGCAGCUAUGAACUUUAUUCACCCAACCCCCAUCCAAGCUGCCACUAUUCCAGUCGCCCUAAUGGGAAGGGAUGUUUCGGGAUGUGCUGCAACUGGCACUGGCAAGACAGCUGCCUAUAUUCUUCCCAUUUUGGAGCGUCUUCUAUACAGGCCACUGGGUGACACAGCUGUGACUCGUGUUCUUGUGCUUGUACCAACACGAGAGUUAGGUGUUCAGGUUUAUCAGGUUACUCGUCAGUUGGCCCAGUUUACAAACAUUGAAGCUGGAUUGGCAGUAGGAGGACUGGAUGUGAAGGCGCAGGAGUCUGUGUUACGUAAAAAUCCAGAUAUAGUGAUUGCAACUCCGGGCCGACUGAUUGACCACUUGAAAAAUACACCAUCCUUCACUCUGGAUAGUAUUGAAGUGCUGGUGCUAGAUGAGGCUGACAGAAUGUUGGAUGAGAAUUUUGCGGAACAGAUGAAAGAGAUAGUGCGCUCCUGUGCAAGGAGUCGACAGACACUGCUGUUCUCUGCUACUAUGACAGAGGAGGUAGAGGAUCUAGCAGCUGUCUCUCUCAAAAAACCAGUCAAAGUUUUUGUUGAUAGCAAUCGUGUUGUUGCUUUCAAUCUGCGACAGGAAUUUGUUCGAAUUCGAGCAGGGCAUGAAGGUGACCGUGAAGCUAUAUUGGCUGCCCUGAUUUGCCGCACCUUUCGUGACCACACUAUGGUAUUUGUUCAGACCAAGAAACAGGCUCAUCAAAUUCACAUUCUUCUGGGAUUACUUGGGAUUAAAGUUGCAGAGUUGCAUGGUAAUAUGUCACAGCCUCAGAGACUAGAUGCACUUAGAAAAUUUAAAGAUGAAGAGGUGGAUGUACUAGUAGCAACAGAUGUAGCUGCUCGUGGUCUUGAUAUACGAGGUGUCAAAACAGUAAUUAACUUUGUGAUGCCUGCCACAGUGGAGCACUAUAUUCACAGAGUUGGUCGAACAGCCAGAGCAGGAAGAGUUGGUGUAUCUGUAUCACUUGCUGGUGAAGGAGAGCGUAGGGUUGUGAAGGAUGUCAUUAAGAAGGCUACAAAUCCUGUGAAGAUGCGUAUUAUUGCCACAGAUAUAGUGGAAAAAUAUAGGGUUCGUGUGUCUGCGCUUGAAGACAAAGUUAAACAUAUCCUGCAGGAGGAAUGGGAGGAACGUACAUUGAACCGGGCUGAGAACCAAGCAAAUCAUGCUGAAAAGAUUCUAAAGGGUGAAACAGAGACACCACGUUCUUGGUUCCAGUCUGAUAAACAAAGAAAGCUAGAAAAAAAAAAAUUGAAGUUAUCAGAACCAAAUGAUAGAGAAAAGAAUAAAUGUCAGGAUGGUAAUGCCAAAGAAGCAAAACAAUCAAAACGUGGCAAAAGAGGCGGAAAAAAUAAAGAUACGCCUGAGGAGAGGGCAAAGGCAGAAAUCAGUAAAGUUAUAGCUUUGAAAGCUCGUCUUGCGAAGAAAAAAGACAGGCCUCGUAAGAUCAAGGCAGUAAUUGAUCAUAAAGCACAUAAUUCAGGCAAGACAGGUUCUUUGAAGAGGAAGAAGUCAUCUUUUGCCCAAGAUCUGACAGAUGUGAGCAAGAAAGGAGCAAAAAGGAUGAGAUACGAUGCCAAUGUUAAGCAGAAAAUGGACAAACUAAGUAGUAAAAAGGUUGGACCUGGAAAGAUGUUUGGCCAAAAGAAGACUGAACAAAAGAAUAGAGGAAAGGUGUUUGGCCAGAAGAAGAAGAAAAGCAAUAAAAAUAGAUGAAUCUGUUGUUAAAUUCUUUAAUUAACUUUAUUAUGGUGUAUACUUAUAUAAUUAAAGACAAAAAUGCAUAUUCAGUUAAAUCACAAUGAUUGUUCUUUCUAACAAUAUAUAUUUUCAAAUUCUU